CAGAAUGCACCCGGUUGAAAACAAAAUCCCACGUGACUAGCUCUGCUCUCAGGCCAUCAUGGCGUCUCCCAGUGGGAAGGGAUCCCGGGCUCCGGAGGCUCCUGGCUGCGGGCCUCGGCCAUUCCCCCGGGACCUGGUGGACUCAGUGGACGAUGCGGAGGGGCUGUACGUGGCUGUCGAACGCUGUCCGCUGUGCAACACCACCCGCCGUAGGCUGACUUGCGCCAAGUGCGUUCAGAACGGCGAUUUCGUUUACUUCGACGGUCGCGACCGGGAGAGGUUUAUUGACAAGAAGGAAAGGUUAAGCCAACUUAAGAGCAAGCAAGAAGAAUUUCAAAAAGAAGUGUUAAAAGCUAUGGAAGGUAAAUGGAUAACAGAUCAGCUGAGAUGGAAAAUAAUGUCCUGCAAGAUGAGGAUUGAGCAGCUGAAACAAACAAUCUAUAAAGGAAAUGAAGAAAUGAAGAGAAAUUCUGAAGGCCUCCUCAAAACCAAGGAAAAGAAUCAGAAGCUUUACAGUCGAGCACAAAGGCACCAAGAGAAAAAGGAGAAGAUUCAGAGGCAUAACCGCAAACUUGGUGACCUGGUAGAAAAAAGAACUCUUGACUUAAGAAGUCAUUGUGAGCGUCUGGCAGAUCUCCGGCGGUCCCAUAUAUUAGAGCUCACCUCUGUCAUUUUUCCAAUCGAGGAAGUAAAGACUGGUGUGAGAGAUCCUGCAGAUGUGUCUUCAGAGAGUGACAACGCCAUGACCUCCAGUACUGUGAGCAAGCUUGCUGAAGCCCGGAGGACGACCUACCUCUCAGGACGAUGGGUCUGUGACGAUCACAAUGGAGACACCAGCAUCAGCAUCAUAGGACCUUGGAUCAGUCUUCCUAACAACGGUGACUACUCCGCCUAUUACAAUUGGGUGGAAGAGAAGAAAACAACACAGGGGCCUGACAUGGAGCAUAACAACCCUGCACACACCAUCAGUGCUGCUCUGUGCUACGCCACUCAGCUGGUCAACAUCUUGUCUCACAUGCUUGAUGUGAAUCUGCCCAAGAAGCUGUGCAACAGUGAAUUUUGUGGGGAAAACCUUAGCAAGCAGAAAUUUACUCGAGCAGUGAAGAAAUUGAAUGGAAAUAUUCUUUACCUUUGUUUUUCUCAGCAUGUAAAUUUAGAUCAAUUACAACCACUGCAUACCCUCAGGAAUCUAAUGUACUUGGUCAGUCCAAACUCCGAACACCUAGGCAGGUCGGGGCCCUUCGAAGUGCGAGCAGAGCUUGAGGAGUCCAUGGAAUUUGUGGAUCCCGGAGCUGCUGGAGAGUCUGAUGAGAGUGGAGAUGAGCACAUAAGUGAUGAGGAAACAGACCUGGGCACUGACUGGGAGAACCUGCCAAGCCCCCGGUUCUGUGAUAUUCCUUCCCAGCCCGUGGAAGUCUCCCAGAGCCAGAGCAGCCAGGCCUGUCCGCCCAUUGUGAGCAGCAGUGCAGGGGGGAUGAUCUCAUCCGCGGCAGCCUCUGUGACCUCCUGGUUCAAAGCUUACACUGGACACCGCUAACAGGCAUAGACCAAAACAUGCUAGAUUUGGAUUGAGAAGGUUUCUAGAAAACCAUGUUAAGAUAGUGCCUGGAACAAAAAAAGCUUAACCUGUUCUGGGAUUUUCUUAAGCAGGGAGACAAACAUUUCUAUUUGUCAAGUGGCCUGUGAUAGUGACCAACGUGCUUAUGAUAAUUAAUAGAACAGAGGGGUCAAAAGUCCUUCUGCCCAAACCGAAGUUGGUGAAAGGACCUGAGCAUGUGGCCAGUUCUGCUGAGGAAGAAAUCCAUUUGGGUUCCCUCUGGCCCCAGGCCACAGGGCCCCCAUACACGGGUCAGUGUGGUAUUGGUCCUUGUGAUGCUGACACUAUUCCUGACACUUGAACUUUUAAAGGUUGGUUGAAUCACAAAUGAUUCUUGAUGAUCAGGACUUAAAAACUCUGUAACAUGAGUUUUUCUUUUACUGUUUUUUUGUACAGAGGAUUUCUUUACUGUUUGGUCAUCUUUGGUUUUUAGAGUAAGAAUUUUGGUUUUGUUUGGGAGGGGUGGCCUUUUCUGGGGCGGGGGUAGCUUCAAACAUGUUUCAUUCCUGCUGCUGUCGUAGCUCCCAGGAUGUUCCCGUGUUCCUUUCCCCACACACGCCAAAGAAAACUAAGGUCUUUUUUUCUGUAGGACCUACAUCCGUUAGUUGAAGAAAUUCUGGCUGCAAUAAUGUUCUAAGAGAUUUUACAACUAUUUUCUUGUAUUCUGAAUUAAAUUUUUCAUUCUCACUGAAGUUAUUUAAUCCCUACCAUCUACUAUGUGCAUUUUGAAAUUGAAUUUAUUUAAUCUGAGUGAAGAUGAGUCAUUAAGGUCAUUUCCCUUAUGUAAGCUAAAUGCCUGCUUGGGCACAGGUGAAAGCCGCUUAAUUAAGAGCAGCCUUGGGUCAUUCUUACAAUGUCCAGUUUCUUUCUAAGGGAUUUAGGUGGCAGGUGUUUGCAGGGAAAGCCACCAUCCUGCUUAUUUCCUGGAGAUCUGUGUUGCUCAGAAGUGGAGAGCUGAUCAUGCUCUUCUGUAGCCCGGAUAAAGUUCAGAUGUGAAGAAUUUCCCCUCACCAAGAGAUCGUUUUCAGCUAAUGUGUCUUAUCAUUCUUAGUGACAAUCUUACAAGAAAACCAUAAUGAGGGGCAUUAAUAUGUACAAAUAUGUAAGUAGUUUUUUAUUUUUAGUAACGGCAAAAUAUCAGGCACUAUGACCCUAUCUUCUUGGUGUGAUUGGCAUGAUAGGACCUCAGAUACAUCCUUCAGAAGUUUGCCAUGCCCCUGCAACUUUCUCACAUAACUGUUAGAGCUGAUAUUUGCCUACAAGUCCAAGGUGCUCUAUGGCUUUUGCUUAUCGGUAUAUUUGGUGUUUAAUACAGUUUUGGGUAGAGCUGCAGAAGUGGAAAAUUUAUUCCUGUCCAUGAGUUCCUGCUCUAUGAAUUUUCCACUUGGAGGAAACAGGCUUUCCUCCUUGUGGUUUCUUAUGCAGCUGAUGUCUUUUUUAAAUGCUCAGCUUCAUGAUUGCUGGGCUUGGAUCUUACUGCCUAGCUCUGCAGUUCAUAGAGAGCAGAUACAGUAGACUUGAACAAAUACCAAAUAAACGUAAUCUGUGGGAUGGGCUGUCCAGGUAUAAUACUUUAGACCCUCAGAAGAGCUUAGUUGCAAGAAUUGGCAUCUUGGGGGUAGAGUGGCUUCUGCUGAGAGACGCAUAGUUGUCAUGGUUUUCUCAAGCAAGCCUCUUAUAACACCAUGAAUGCUAGAUGAAACUAUAGAAAUCAGGGAUCACUAACUCCCACUGAGAGUAAUUCAACAAAACUUACAAGGAUAUAGAAACCUAGGGAUUGAUAUGGGCAUUUUGUUAAUAUCAACUGGAAGGCACUUUUACAUAGGAUCAAGUGAUCAAACCAACCUUUUUGUGGCUUUGAACGUCAGCAUACUAGCUUAUACUGCUGAAUUAGUUUGGGUUUAUUUUGCACUGAAUCCACUCUGUAAAUAUUCUUAAAUAUACUUUUCAACCACUGUUUUUUCUAAUCUCUUUGCUGCUCAUUUAAAUUUUUCAUGUAGG